UGGGUGGAGAAGGAAACCACGUAUUAAACCCGACCUGCUUGGCACAGUCUAACCUGGCGGCCGCAGAAGGGGCUCGCCUUUUGAAUAAAGGCUUUGAGGACGUGCCCACCUCCCCCGCUCCCCUUUUACGGAACCCACGCAGGUGUUAAGGUGACUCCCCUGCAGUUUUCCUAGGCCGCUGAGUGCCCCCAGCGAAGGCACUGCAAGCAGCGCCUGAGAGGGGCCCGCUGCCCUGAGAGGCUGGCCUUGGGCGGUGGGAAGUGUAGGGGAUUUGUCCUCUCUAGUGAUUUCACAUGCUGGGACACCCUGCCCCCCUCCGGCCAGCUGGCCCAGCCCUGCUUCCUGCACUUCUCCUGCCCAGGGCCCGGCUGUUGGCCACCUGCUGGGGCGGGAAAUGAGAGGGUCUCAGAAUUGCACCUUUGAAACUUGCUAGGGGGCGUAGAUUUAACAACAUGUGGGCACCCAGGCAGAAGAGAAGAGAGGAAGGCACCUUGCUGCCCUUUCUUUGAGGAAUCAGUGGCUCUCCAGCCUAGAGGGGCCUUUCAAUGGGGACACCAUGCGAUGUGUUUGGUGUCUUGGAACUGAAUAAUUAGAACCUGUACGGUUUUCAAAUUAUGAAGUCUUCUUUUGUAGAAAUCCUGCUCAGAGCCAUCUCUUGAUGGUAUAAUAAUUUCCCAGACUAGGUCCCCAGGCAAGUCCCAGAGAGCCAGGGGGGAUUCCUUCUUUCAUCACAUCUGUCUGUCUGACUGAAAACCAUCAAUGACGUAUUUUUCUUUAAAUCUAGUUUUUGGACUAUCAGCCAGAACGUAGAGAAGCUAUUUCCCCUCCCUGUCAAUAGGCUCGGGUCCCCUGGAAUGAAUCAUAGUCAGAUGCCCGUGCUUUUACAGAUGAGGAACCUGAGACCCAAAAAGGGUAGAAGACUGCCCCAGGGAAAAUGGAAGAGUCUGUCAGGACCCCGGUCUCCUGGGUUUUUAAUGAGCUUCAUAAAUGUUAUAUCAACAUGCCCUCUUUCCUGUUGCUGGAGGCCAUCCUCAUUUUCCUGUUUGCCAGGGUGCCCCCAUCUGUCCCUCUUCAGGAAGUCCAUGUAAGCAAGGAGACCAUUGGGAAGAUUUCAGCUGCCAGCAAAAUGAUGUGGUGCUCGGCUGCAGUGGACAUCCUGUUCCUGAUGGAUGGCUCUCACAGUGUCGGGAAACGGAGCUUUGAAAGGUCCAAGCACUUUGCCAUCACGGUCUGUGAUGCUCUGGACAUCAACCUUGAGAGGGUCAGAGUGGGAGCCUUCCAGUUCAGUUCCACCCCUCGUCUGGAAUUCCCCUUGGAUUCAUUUUCAACCCAACAGGAAGUGAAGGCAAAAAUCAAGAAGAUGGUUUUCAAAGGAGGGCGCACAGAGACAGGCCUUGCUCUGAAAUACCUUCUGCGCAAAGGGUUCCCCGGGGGCAGAAAUGCCUCUGUGCCCCAGAUCCUCAUCAUCGUCACUGACGGGAGGUCCCAAGGGCAUGUGGCACUGCCAGCCAAGCAGCUGAAGGAAAGAGGCAUCACUCUGUUUGCCGUGGGGGUCCGCUUUCCGAGGUGGGAGGAGCUGCACACGCUGGCCAGCGAGCCGAGGGAGCAGCACGUGCUGAUGGCCGAGCAGGUGGAGGAUGCCGCCAACGGCCUCUUCAGCACCCUCAGCAGCUCCGCCAUCUGCACCAUCGCCUCUCCAGACUGCAAGGUCCAGCCUCACCCCUGUGAGCGCAAGACUCUGGAGACCGUCAGGGAGCUGGUCGGCAAUGCCCUGUGCUGGAGGGGAUCUCGGGGGACCGAUGCCGUGCUGGCCGCGCUCUGUCCCUUCUCCAGCUGGAAGAGAGUGUUCUUAACCCACCCUGCCACCUGCUACAGGACCACCUGCCCAGGCCCUUGUGACUCACAACCCUGCCAGAAUGGAGGCACGUGUGUUCCAGAAGGGCUGGACGGGUACCACUGCGUCUGCCCGCCGGCCUUCGGAGGGGAGGCUAACUGCGGUGGCCAUAGCGUGACAGCUGCUGUGGAUCUGGCAGCCCCGAAGCUGAGCCUGGAAUGCAGAAUCGACGUCCUCUUCCUACUGGCCAGCUCGGCGGGCACCACCCUGGAGGGCUUCCUGCGGGCCAAGGCCUUCGUGAAGCGGUUUGUGCAGGCCUCGCUGAGCGAGGACUCCCGGGCCCGCGUGGGUGUGGCCUGGUACAGCAGGGAGCUGGUGGUGGCAGUGCCCGUGGGUGAGUACCAGGACAUGCCAGACCUGGUCAGGAGCCUCGAUGGCAUUCCCUUCAGUGGUGGCGCCACCCUGACAGGCAGUGCCUUGCGGCAGGCUGCAGAGCGCGGCUUUGGGAGCACCACCAGGACGGGCCAGGACCGUCCACGCAGAGUGGUGGUCCUGCUCACUGAGUCACGCUCCCAGGACAAGGUCGCUGGCCCAGCGCGUCAUGCGAGGGCCAGAGAGCUGCUUCUGCUGGGCGUGGGCAGCGAGGCCAUGCGGGCAGAGCUGGAGGAGAUCACGGGGAGCCCGAAGCAUGUCAUGGUCUACACCGACCCACAGGACCUGUUCAACCAAAUCCCUGAGCUGCAGGGGAAGCUGUGUAGCCGGCCGCAGCCAGGGUGCCAGGCACAGUCGCUGGACCUGGUUUUCAUGUUGGAUGCCUCGGCCUCAGUGGGGCCCGAGAACUUCGCCCAGAUGCAGAGCUUCGUGAGAAGCUGCGCCCUCCAGUUUGACGUGAACCCCGAUGUGACGCAGAUCGGUCUGGUGGUGUACGGCAGCCAGGUGCAGACAGCCUUCGGGCUGGACACCCACCUCACCCGUGCCGCGGUGCUGCGGGCCAUGAGCCAGGCCCCUUACCUGGGCGGGGAGGGCUCAGCGGGCACCGCCUUGCUACACAUCUAUGACAAGGUGAUGACUGUCCAGAGGGGCGCCCGGCCUGGGGUCCCCAAGGCUGUGGUGGUGCUCACCGGCGGGAGGGGGGCAGAGGACGCGGCCGUCCCUGCCCAGAAGCUGAGGAACAAUGGCGUCUCUGUCCUGGUGGUGGGUGUGGAGCCUGUCCUGAGGGAGGCACUGCGGAGGCUUGCAGGUCCCCGGGACUCCCUCAUCCACGUGGCGGCCUACACAGACCUGAGGUACCACCAGGAUGCGCUCAUCCAGUGGAUAUGUGGAGAAGCCAAGCAGCCAGUCAACCUCUGCAAACCCAGCCCACGCACGAACAAGGGCACCUGCGUCCUGCAGAAGGGGAGCUACCGCUGCGAGUGCCGAGGCGGCUGGGGGGGCCCCCACCGUGAGAACCGGGCCUCGAGAGGAGAUGCCCCCAAGGCACGUGGCUUCCACCAAGAGCCUGCAGGAGGGCAGCAGCCAGAACCCUCCCAGCAACUGUAGAGAAGGCCUGGGCGCUGAAAGGGCACCUGCCCUCAGCAGAGUGUCCUGUCUUGUGGGGUCCUUUGAGUGUCUGCUUCCAGCUCUGUCCAGAACCCUCCUGCCCGCUUUCCUCACCCAGGGAGAAGAGGCAGCCCGACUGCAGACAGUGCUGCCUAGGGACACGGUAGGAGCUGAUUUCAUCCGCUAAUGAUGAUGUUGAAACUCUUGACAUGUAAGUAGUUACUUUCUGUGCCUAGUUGUGCCCUGUUGAGCUUGUGUCAUCUGCCACCUUUCUCCUGAGGAGGAACAAAGGAACCUGGAGACUUUUGAUAGCCUCGUUGAAGCUCACUUUGCCCACAACAAAUGCUAAAUAGAAUGUCAUUGGGACAAUAAUGCUCAACACAAAAUUGACUGCAGUGUCAUUGGGACCACUGAAGCAAUGGCAUUUCAAGAUGGAAAAAGGGAGGACCUUUUCAUACAUCUUUCCCCAAAGAUGUCCUGGAUGCAUUCAUUUUAGUUUGAAAAGGGGCUUGAGUGGCAUUUGUGACUUGUUCUGGUGACUGAUCUGUGUGUUGGAGACUUGGAAAGGCCCCACACUGGAAUGUGACUGACUCGCCGGCUUGUUUGACUGUAGGGGAGGGGCUGGGUGUGCAAACAGCCUCGGUCUCCAGGGGCCAUGUGAAGUUGGCCUGGGUACUGGGCAGUGUUCCCUUGGAGGGGCUUCCUUUCGCGUUUACUUAGGAGGUUCAUUGUGGGGUGUUUAUUGAGGACUUGUCUUACUCUCCUUUUAUGGGGCAGUAGAAUUCUUCAACUCAACAAAUAUAGACUAAAGAAACUUAGAGGGAUUUUGCUUUUGUAAGCAGUGAUCUUAUGGUGUCUAGGUUUUGGUCUCGUUUUGCUCUUUAUGUCUACUUUUUAAAGGAAUAUUUCAAGAAACAAGGUUGGUUAUUGAUUUCACAGGAGUAUCUGUACCUAGAUGGCAAAGAGGGUUAGUUGGAAUAUUUUCCAGCCAGCUAGGUCCUUACUUACCCUGCGGUACUUAGGCAUGGGUUCUUGGAGGUGGUAUUUCAAGUGGGGUUUUCAGUAGAAACCUUUGCAGAGCUCUAAGUCCAGACACUAUCAGAGCUUCUCUUUUUAAUAUAAAUAAUACCUUGAUGUCAUGUUUUAUAUGUAAACAUUCAAGGCUACCUUGAUUUAAACACCACUUAGCUUUAAGAACUUCAGGAUUUCUGGUGCUAAAAAAGUACUUGAAGAGGUUAUCACCAUGAUUUUGAGAGACAUUAAAAAAGUCCACUGUACCAAGCACUGUGUCAUGAUAGUCAUCUGUGCUCAAUGGAUAUUUUAAUUCCUAUUAUUACCCGGGCCUCCGCGGAAGGUGACAUCAGAGCAGGGUCACACGCCCACCUGGCAGGUGCGAUAGGUGAUGUCGGAGAAUUUACAUGAAUCCAUUGUCUUUAAAUUAACAGCAGUUUAAUCAUUUUAUAGUGUCUGGCUCAGGGGUCCAUUUGGAUUACUUGGACUUAAACCCACAAAACUGUCGGCCCUGGGCUUACAUAUUAAAGGGUUUACUGUUUCUCUUUUUAGGUCCCAGCCCUUUAUAUAAAUAUGUUCUCCUUGUAAGAAUUGAAAUAUUGCUGAUAUGCCAUAAAUCUUUUAUUUUUCUCUAAAUGAUACUGCUUCCAGCCAACUUGCUGGAUACUUUAGUUCUAAUAGUUGAUUCUCUUGCUUUUCUAGAAAGCUAUCCUUUACAAACAAUGACAUUUUGUCUCUUCCUUUUGAAGUUUUAUACUACUUUUUCUUGUCACCUUGCCUUGUCUAGGACCUCCAGAACACUGCUGUAAAUAGCAGCGGUAACAGCAUGUGUCUGCUUCUGCUUCUUGACUUGAAGGGAUUUUUUCAUCAUUCUAUGUUAUUAUUUUUCUGUGGAUGACUUUAUCCAGUUAGGAACACUUACUCUAUUCCUAGAUUACUAAGUGUGUUUAUUAGGAGUGUUGAGAUUUGUGGUAUGCUUUUCCACUUCCUUUGAGAUGAUUUUUUUAUUUCACAUUUAAUCUGUUCAUAUGAUAAAUUACCAAUUAAUAUAUUUUCAAUUGUUGAACCACCUUUGAUUCCUUGGAUAAACACUGGUCGUGAUACAUGAUUCUUUCAACACUGCUGAAUUUCAUUUGCCAAUAUUUUAAAGAUUUUUUUCCGUUUUCUUUUGCAGUAUGUGUUGGAUUUUUGGUAUCAGAGCUAUGCUAACUUUAUAAAAUGGAAAAUACGUAUUCUUCAAGUUUUCAAACUGCUAUAGUCAUAGCAUUUUACUGUAAUUUAAAAAGUCUUAUCAGUAUCUGUACUUAAGCCUGCUUUUUCAGUUCUGCUAUUUCAUAUUGCCUUAGGUUGUCUUUUUAUUGUACUAGUCUUUUCAAUGAGCCAGAUUUUGUUUUUUUCAUUUUUUAAAUAAGCACAUUUAUACUAGAACUUUCUUAAUUACUACUUAGGCAACCUUCCAAGUAUUGGUAUGUUUCUUGUCACCAAGAAUUAUCUAGGAACGUGUUUCACUUCUAGGAGUAUUGAUGUGCAAUCACUUAUUAUAAGAUCAGUUUCUGCAGAUGUCUGCUGUGUAUUUGGUCCAUUGUUAACCAUACUAUUCAAAUCUUCUUUCCGUCUUACCUAUGCUACUUGAUUUAAGGAGGCUUAAAUCUCCUGCUAAGAUUCUACCUUAAUAGUUCACCAGUUUUUACUCCACGUAUUUUGAAGUUCAGUGUGUAAGUAACGAAGAUGUUUCCCCCUUUAGGUAGAAGUCCACCAGGCCCUGCCCCAAGUCAUUUCAUGAAAUACAAGAAAAACCCAAAAACCCAAAAUACAAUUAAUAUUUUAUUAAAAAAAAAUCUAACUCACCACUUGGUAAAGGGACACCAAGUGUUUAUGACAAAGAAAUAAAUGCCCUGGGAUUAGAAAGACAAUAAGAAUCAAAAGACCUUUAGUUCUCAGGAACCAGUGUUAGAGAACUCUGAUUCAGAACCCCCAGAAAUGAGGCAGAGAUGACAGAUGAAAUGUUUCAACCUGUGUUAAAAAACAAUGCCAUCAGAAGAGAAGACAGGGGCAGCACAAAGAAUGGCACUACCAAUUUUAAGAGAAGGAAGAGACCACCUGAAACAAAAUUCACCUCUUUUUUGUUGGAAGGGGCCUGGACGUUAAGCACACUUUAAAAAACAGAGACUAAGAGAGCAUUCUAUUAAAUAACUCUUCCGUUAAAAAUGGCCACAGGACUGAAUCUGUAAACACGGGAUAAUCGUUUUUUCUGUGGUAACAUAAAAAGUCAGUUAAAUCUCAAAAGACAUUUUUCACUGUUCUAAAUUACAGGAUUUUAAACAAUUUUUUCUAUAUACUACAGCAUCACUUAAAAAUUUAUUUAAAAGCAAUUGAUUCAGGCCGGCUUUAGGCUGAAAGUCCUUAACUUAGUGGAGACAGUGCCUCAGCUUGGUCCCAAAUAUUUUUCCCUGUUACCAUUUCUCAAAAAGCAUAUCAUAGAUGGCAUUAAUGCUGUUUAAAGUCAUGGAAGACUGAGUUGGGCCUGCUAAUAUUGGAGA